AUGAGUCUCACGAGUCAUAAUGCAGAAGACGCCCACGAUGUGGUGAGGAAACGCGAAGCGACAUGCAUGCAUGUUGGCCCUGCCCUGCCAAUUUUGCACUGCACUGGACUGGACUUUCAUAGGGCUUCGCGUGCAAACCACACUGGCUUUUGGUACAUGAAUCCUCCUCCUCCUGUAUCUGUUCCUAGUCACAAGAAGAUUAGAGAGUAA